ACUUGACUUUGACGCCAUGUGCGCUGUCCUUUAACGUUUUUUAAUAUUCUGGCCCCUAAUUUCGCCCCUGGAAACGUCGAGUCGACUCUGUACCGAGAGUUGGCGGAGUCCAUAGACCGAAAGUCGGCUGCGCGCAAAGGAAAAGUUUUUCGGGAUAAAAAUGCUGAAUUUCGGAGCUCCUCACCUCUCGCGUGAGUUUUACAAAUUCACAAAAGCCAUCGGAGAGGCGAGGUCAAAGCAAGAAGAGGAACGAGUCGUUCUCAAGGAAAUUGCGGCACUAAAAAUCAACUUUUUGGAUAAAAAUGCAAGCAAGCUUCAAGUAAAGGAAUAUCUUGUGCGUGCUAUAUACACGGAAAUGCUCGGUUUCAAGGCAAAUUUCGCACACAUUCACGCAAUUAAUAUGGCGCAAGAAAAACAUCUAACUUGCAAAGUCACAGGGUAUCUUGCUUGCAUGUUACUGUUAAAACCUGAAAAUGAUUUGAUGCUUCUUCUAAUCAACACUAUUCAAAAGGUACGUUUUCUAUACGAAAAUAGAAUGGUAAUACUUAGGAUUUGCAAAGUCCGAAUCAUAUAGAUAGAGGCUGUGCCUUGGUCUGCAUUUGCAAUCUUCUCACUGAUGAGAUGAUCCCUAUACUUUUACCCCUAGUUCUGCAAUGUGUUGAAGAUGAACAUGAAAUUGUAAGGAAAAAGGCCAUUAUGGCAGUAAGGAGGAUUUAUAUGCACAACCCUGAUGCCAUUGAGAAUAUUCUAAACAUACUUCAAAAGGGGAUUUGUGAUUUGAAUCCGAGUGUAAUGGGCGCUGCCCUAAAUUUGCUUGAUGAAGUUUUGAAGAGGAAAAAUUGCUCAAAUAUAAUAUCACCUUUGGUAUCGAUUUUAAACCAAAUUUGUGAUCACAGGUUACCUCCGGAGUACGACUAUCAUAAGGUGCCAGCUCCGUUCAUACAGAUUCAUAUAAUAUCUCUAUUUGGUCAACUCUGCAAAAAUGAGAAACAAUCAAAUUUGGUCUAUGAGUGUCUACAUAAGGUCAUUCAAUCAUUGGAACAUUUGCAAUCUGGAAAUCUCAUUUCUCAGGCUAUACUUUACGAAUGCGUAAAGACUAUCGCUCUCAUUUAUCCAAAUGAUUCUCUCGCAUCACUGGCUUCCAUGUGCAUUGGUAGAUGUCUUACCUCCUCACUAAAUAACCUACGGUACAUUGGAAUCGCAUCCCUGAGUCUCCUUGUUAAACUCAAUCUCACAUUUGCAGCAGAGAACCAGAUGAUUGUUGUUUCUUGUCUGGAGGAUCCAGACGAAACAAUUAAAAGGAGAACUCUGGACCUCUUAUAUCGCAUGACAAAUUCAAAAAAUGUAAAUACUAUUGUAACUCAAUUUAUAAAACACAUAAGUACCUCUACUGAUGUAUAUCAAAGUUUGGAUUUGGUGAAAAAGGUAACCUUUCUUUCAGAAAAGUUCGCGCCAGAUGCAAAGUGGUAUAUGGACACGAUUGUAGAGCUGAUGAUUGUUGCUACGAAUAUGGUUGAUUUAGAUGUGCUCUAUAAUCUAAUUCACGUUUUGAAGGAGCAGUGUACUCAGGAGGAAUUUAGAGAAACUGUGCUUGAUAAAAUGUCAAGUUUGAGUCUAAAGGACAAUUUGCCAGACCUUGUAAUAAAGCUCAUUUCAUGGUCAAUUGGUGACCUUGUACCAACUAUGCAGGAACCCUCAGCCUAUGUGAAUAUUCUUGAGAAACUGUUGGACAGCACGGAUGAACAGUUGACGAUAUGUUGGAUUUUGGGGGCACUUCGUAAUCUAAUUUGCAGUGGCUGCACAAUUCCAGAUGAACUUCAGGAGAAACUCUUGGAGUUGGAGGGAAGAAACUGCAACAACAUCUCACAAAGGUGCAAGGAAGUUAGAGUAUUGCAAGACAAGGGCUACAAGAUCGACAUGUACGUUUCUGCAUACACAAUGAAAGCCUUUAGGCACCACGAAAAUUACGAUUUACAACUCGGAUUCUUGAAGGAUUUCGUCUCAAAGAGUAUCGAAUCUGGAGCAAGGGUGUAUGAGAGACCAAAGGUAGAAGUAGAGGAGGAAAUGGAUGUUUACGUACCAGGGCUGAAAUUCCAGCCGUACGCCACCGAGCCUUCUCUAAUGUAUGCAUACCACGAGGGAGUCUUGGAUACUUCUGGUACACAAGAUAACGAUAAUGCUCAGGCUAUAGAUUACACGAAAAAGGUCAUUUGCGAUCGCGUUCCAAAGGUCUGGGGACCAACGGGAUACUCCGAUACUCGACCCAGCGAAGUCGCAGAGGACCCAAUCGAGGCUGAAGAACACGUGGAAAGCGACCACGCAAUCUCUGAUACGGAGACUGCGUAUACGCCGGGGCCGCAACACGUAUCGCUGGAAGUUGGCGAUGAUCUACAAAAGAAGAGGCAGGAGAUGGCAAGAGCGCUCUUUAGCGGCCUUUCUUGA